AUGGAUGACUCAUCACCUGAAAUCAUUAAUCUUAAACGACAAAAGGCUUUUGAUAAUCAUUGUGUAGCGUCAAGCCAGUACAAGUUCUAUAGAAAUAUUGUCAACCGUGAAAGAAAGUUAUGCAAAGCAAAUUUUUAUAAGUCUAAAAUUGAACAUACUAAAAAGGAAAAGUAUCGUGGAAAGAAAUUAAAAGAAUAUUUCCGGGCGCAGAGAAAUACAACUACUUUGACUGACCACAUUCAAGACGAAGUCGCUAAAAAUCUAUCUACGAAAGAGAUAUAG